AUUGACAUGCGUUUUUCAGCAUGUUUUGCUAGUCAUUCUGGAUCUUAUGUUUGAAAAUUGUGUUGAAAAUUCAGUGAUGUGUUUGAAGUGAGAAAGUCUUCUAUGACAGUGUGAAUGUGGCUGGACUCUAUUGUGGAACCUUGUAGCUUUGUUUUUAAUUUGGGUCGAAAAUUAAAUUUUUAUUAUUCCGAUUUUAGGUUAACCAGUAGAAUUGUGCCCGGUAGUUGUCUAAAUAUGGACCAAUUUUGGGAAAUGAAGGUUGACAGAUGUGUAACUGACUCUAGGUAAUCCUUUACUUAAAAUAGUAAAUUAAAAGCUUACAUUGUAAGAGUUGUCUUAAAUUUUAUGUUGUCAAAUCUUUAAAUGUGGAUGAUGAUCAGCACUUUAUCUAUGAAUUUCCUUUGGGAAAAGAGAAAAAUUUAGUCUCCAAACCUUUUCUCGGAGACUAAAUUUAUCAUAUAUGGAGAAUGAAAAAAAUUUAGAAGGUAGCUUUGAUUAUUUUUUAAUGGAGUUUAAUAAGCUUAAUCAAUUAUUUUUCCCAGUUUGAAGCACUUAUUUCCCAAAUGUGAAUAAAGGGAAAAGAUCAACAAUGUGGCCCUCCCCCCUUUUUUUGAGGCCAUUUUUAGUUUUCUGUCCACAUUUCCCAAUCCUGUUAUAAAAUGAAUUACGGGUAUCCCUCUAAGUCUCUGUAACCCCUUUUUGGAGUCACAGAUACCUUUGAUAAUCUGAUGAAAGUGAUGGACCCUCUCCCCAGGAAAAAAAAUGCACAUACACAGAUAAUUUUGCAUACAACCUCAGGGGCAUCACACAUCUUCUGAAACCCAAGUUAAGGAUCUCUGCUCUAAGUAAACUCUAUAGAAAAAAUUUUAAUGCAAUUAAUUGAUAAAAUUAGGAAUUAGCUAUUGACCUAAAACAUUUCAGGUUGGAAUUAUUGUUAGAUGGUGGCCCCUACUAGCAAAAUGUGACAUUGCAACCAGCUUUGUUAGACAUUAUAACAUCCAGACAGAAAGAAAAAAGAAACAAAGUUCUGAGAGCUGUUUAUAAGGAGUCAGGGCAUCUCUAGACAUGGGAGCCAUUCCUGGUUCAAGGCAGGGGUCAGGGUGCCUGACAGUUUCUACUAGCAGGGUCGAGUCUGAUAAACCACAAUGCUCAGGAUGCCAUGGGGUUAGCCAUUAUCUUAACCCCUUUCUCACCAAAAGAUUUUAGUUUUGUCUACUGGGAAACAAGAUGUCACUAGGGAAAAAAAAAAGUUUGCCUUAUAACUUUGCUGGAACACAUCAGUUUGGUGAUGUAUGGGACACCAGUAUUAUUUUUGAGAAGGUGCAUAAAACCAAAGUAAAUUAUUCUCUAUGUAGAACAUUAUUUACUAGUAACAUUUGUUUGGAUGUAUUAGCUUUGACAAUUUUUACCAGUAAAUAUUGGUCUUAUUUAAAACUGGGAAUCCAGUUUAUAAAUAGGAUAGUUGGUAUAGCUAUGCUUUCCCCCAUGUAAAGAAUAGUUGAAAAAUUUAUGCAUACUUUUUACUUUCCUCUCUUGAUGCCAUGGAUUGUGAUGGAUGGGCUGGGGGGAGACCUUUGAGUCAACAACUGACAAGAUGUCUUCUCCAAAUCUAAAAACUGAGAAGCAGCACUUUAAGUCUAACUCUAUACCAUUUUAGUGCAUGUAUUAGUUUUUAUUAAUGAUUUUUGGUGCAUGCCUUUGGGCUUAUUCAAAAGUGUACAAUAGGAAAGUGUAUUUCCUUUCUUAGAAAGGAGAUGUUUUUCUACUUUGCAACAUGUGAUUACAAAAAUCUUCCUCUGUGGGAAGAUUAACCAUGUAUUGAACUACUGAAAAGUAUAUAUUUUUAGAUAUACAGAAGGAAUCUACAUGGAGCAGCAUUCAGACCUAUAUAGAAGCCAUGGCAUUCUGUAUAGGACCAAAAAGGAAGUAACAUUAAACACUUAAACAGACUUUGUUGGGUAGAAAUACCUUUAGAUCUUGCAUUGACUACAAAAAAGAAAAUGCCACAGAAGUUUGCCAAAAACUUUUGUUGUUUGAAUUUUCUCUGUCAGUGUAUUUAGCCCAAAUACAACAGCUUUGGGUUUAUACAUACGUUAAGAAUAAAAAAAAAAACAAAGCUAACUAAAUAGAUCAGUCUGGUUCUCCAAUCCAGCUUGAUUGAAAUAAGUAAACUAAUCACUUGCAACACGAAAAACUGUCCAACUCCUCUAAGGUUUUGACAAAAUGACCUUGGCUGAUGUGGGAAGACUCCCGCUUUGAUUUCUGACCUGACAGUGAAGAUUCAUGCUUCACCUGAUUUCAAACCUGACAGUGUCUGUUUAAGGAGCUAUGGUACAGUUUGCUAAUUCAAUCCCAGAUACCUGUUGAUUACCUGUGAGAUCUAGAGUCCAAAGUAGCCAGCAGCCGUAACCCUGAGUGCUCUGUGCCCAUCAGAUCUCUUCAAGUAAGCAGAGUUGGGACAGGUCACAGCUCAGAUGAGUGCCCUCAGGUGCUGUGGACAGCCCCAGCCUCAAGAAUUGUAUCUGCUUUCUUGGGAGUCAUCACUGAACUAAUGUCCCACAUGGUGUUACUUACUGUAGUUGCGCUCUCUCGGAGGAGGCCCAGAGCACACAUCCUAAUUGCUUGAGGUACUCAGAGAGGGGGUGCUAACUCUGAUGCCCUGGCCAAAUUCCAGUUUAGGGACGCGGGUCUUCUUACCAUUCUAAUCGGAAAUGUGCAUCGCUUCCCAUUUUCCCAGACCAACCUAGUCUGUUUUUUUGCCCCAGUCCCAAGUCUCUAAGAUGCUGGUGUGUAUUAUAUGGGCCAAGUUCAUGCCUUAUCCUAGUUGCACAAGAGUUUAGGAAUGAGUGAGCUUGGUGUGGUGUCAAAGUGCUCUGUAGUUGGAGGGUAAACUCUUGUGAUGCUUUGAGGAUGAAAUCGGUCCUCUUUUAGUAUAAGUUGGGGAAUGUGCACUGGCCGGAGGCUUCCAGCCAUGAGGUGUGAGCUGAAAUCUACUUUCCCUCUUUUCUUAUAGCAUGUUGAGAAAAUCUGUUGGGUUUUCAGUAGUCAGGGAAGGCCGGAGUUCUGCAGCUUUAAUCUGGGUAACUGAGGCUGGUUUGAGCAAGACUUUGGUUAAUUAACUGGGUUCUCAGAUGCCACAGACUCCGUGAAAAGUCACCAUUAUUUUCAAUGGUUGUGAUAGAAUUUCCCCCAGUAGCCAUUAUUUUAAGAUUAUAUUGCAGAGUUGCUUUAUUUGAGCUUUUCGUGUAUACACAAUCCCAAACUGGAAGAAAUUAAAAAAAAAAAAAAAGGAAUCCUGCUGUGAAAGGUAUAUAUUACUCUAGAUUUUUCUUACUGUAAAUAUUGUAAGAUUGUAAUACUGUCGAUAUUUUAUUAACCAACAAAUGUUAAUCUAUGUGAAUUCAGACUUAUUUUAAAUGUGCUUCUUAUUUACUGUGUGUGGUCCCUGUUGCUGACAGUAUUAAGUUAUAUUCUGAUGUAAGAUUAACUUUAUUAAAGAAUGUAAACAUUAAUGUUUCCUUAUGGGAAAACAAAUAAAGUAUAAAGAAGACAAUUCUUUUCAUUAAAAUAUACUGUGUAUUUACACUUGCUAGACCCAGCACCACUUAUAAAUUUAGUACACUGUUCAGAAUUUUAGUUAACACAGCUGACAUGGUUGUGCUCUGUUUGAAAGUCUAAAAGUAGGUGUUGUUGGAAUAUAAACAGUUUGUAUUUGUCUGCUGUGAAUCAUAAUCUUGAAGUUUCUAACCAAGUUUGUAAAAUUUUUAUAGUAAAACAUUUUAAUGACAAUUUAAAAAUUUAUCUUCUCUAAAGAAUGGUCAAAACAAUAUCCUUUCAGAAAUAGAAUGUUCUUUAAUAUCUUUCCAAAAUGACUUUGGUUAAAUGGACCAGAUAUGUAUUAAUUAAAAUCUAGGACAAAGUUGUGAUAUUCUUUGAGUUUACAAGUUAAUCCUUAUUGGAGAUGUGCCAAUUAUACAGUAGAAUAUCAUUAAUUUGCACUGUUUGGGGACCCCAUUAAGAAUGCUGAAUUUUGCCAACUAAGAAGUAAGCAAAUGCAAUUUAAAAAGUAAAUUUGAGCAUUCUGUAUUAAAUAUGUGCAGUUAUUAUCACAUGAAGAAGCGCAGUGUGUCAGGCUGUAAUAUAACCAUACUUGCUGUCAUGUUCUCCCAUCUCAGUGCUGGGAACUCACCAUGUGGAAACCAAGCAAAUGUGUUGUGCAUCAGCCGGCUUGAGUUUGUUCAAUAUCAAAGCUGAAACUAGCGAGGUCUGCUGUACUGCUUAUUGAAGUAUUGUGAUUCUUUUAGGCAUUGAUUCUUACAAAAUAUAUACUGUAACAGUAUACUUUGUACAGAUUUAAAUUUUAUUUGAAAAAAAUGAAAUAAAGUAGGCAAAAAAAUAAAGAUGUUUAUUUUUCAUGUGACUAUACAAACA